UUCGCGCGCUGUCGGUCCGCGGGAGCAUGAGAAGCGCUGGCAGUUCCCGUGCGGGCUCUGCCUGCUCCAGGCUCAUCGACGUGACCAGCAACGCACCGUUGCUGCGCUCGCCCGCCAGCGUCUCAGCCUCUUCCGAAGCGGAGCAGAGAACUCAUAAUUAUUUGCUACUGGAUGUUCCUGACACUCGAGAACAGCUAGUCCAUUAUCGGAAUGCAGCAGAAACAGCCAGCAGUGAGCUUGCUGCACUCCUAGUGAAGUAUGAAUGUGCUCAAGCAGAGAUUCUAGAUCUUAAAUCCAGAAUAGCCUCACAGGAAAUCGCUAUACAAGAAUUCAAAGCUGAAGUUGGGGGCUAUAAGGAGAAUGAUGCUCGCCAAUCUUCUCUCCUUUUUUCCAUGCAACACAAAUUCCAAGAACUUGAGAAGGAAUCAGGCACAAUUGCUAUUUCCAAACAUCAAGCAGAGCUAAAAUCACAGGCUAUUCUCCAAGAGAACUUGGAGCUAAAGGAGAAAAUACACGAACAAGAAGAGCAGAUCAGAAAAUGUUUGAAUAAAUCUGAAGAAAGCAAAUCCUAUGCAUCUAAGGUCAGCAAAGAACAAAAUGAAUUCAUCGCACAACUUUGUCAUCUUCUGGAACUGGGCAUAAGAGGAAAUGAAGAGUCACCAGAACGUCUGCUCUCCAAGAUUCGUGGAAUGCGUGAAGAAAAUAACAUGCUAAAAGAACAAAAAGAUACCUUCAGAGAAACUGUAACAAUUCAUGAGAUGGAACUGAAAGCCAACAGAGAAACCAUCAUGAGGCUUGUCUCAGAAGUGAACAAGGAGCAAAAAAAAGCAGCGGCUUGCUCUCAAGACAUAGAAAAGCUAAGUGAUGAUUUAAGCAACAUUGCAGGAGCUAAGCAGAAUCUUGAGGAGGAGAUCAGAAGCCUCCAAGACCGAUUGGCAGCCAGCCAACGGGCUUGGGAAGAAUUGGGCCAACUAAAAGUCCAUUGCAAUGAAAAAGAAGCGGAAUUGAGAACUAGUCUAGAGCAGGCCAGGGAAGAAAAAAAGCUGCACAAUGAAUUCAAAGAUCAAAUCGUGACUUUACUGGGGAGUAACCCCACUGUAGCGACUCCCUCCAAGGAAGACAUUGUGGAAAAAAUCCGAGAGUUGUGCCACAGAGAGGAGAGCAAAAAAAGACUUUGUUCUGAGCAAACUGGAUGCCUUUCUCCUCAUAUUUUCUUUCCAAAGUAUCUUAAGUUUCUGGAUCAGCUCUCUGAAAAGAUGAACCUGGACAGAAUAGCAGUGGAGGUUGGAUUUGACAUGAGGUUGGAUGCAGUGCUGGCUCGCGCAGAGCAGUUGAUCAAGUUGGAAGGAGAUACAUUGACUGACAAUAAGAUCAUGGUCCGAAACCUACAGAGGAAGGUAAAAACUCAGAAAGAGCAACUUGAGAACAAAGAAUUGCAUGUGAAACUUUUGCGUCAGAAGAUCGUCCAUCUGGAAGAAGAGAAGCAAGUGCGCACAGCCCUGGCAGUAGAAAGGGAUGAGGCCAACCUCACACUCAGAAAGUUACAAAAGAAAACAGACAGAUUGCAGAAUGAACUUUCUUUGGCGAGAGAAACAAACACAGAUCUGAAAGUUAAACUUGCUGACACGAACGAACUGAAGAUCAAAGCACUGGAGCAAGACAAAACCAUAGAAGAACUAAGCAAAUCUCAAGAGAAACUGGAAAAGAUGAAGACAAAAGUUGAGAAGCAAUUAACCUGUGUCCAGUCUGAGCUACAUGUUAGAGAACGUGAAGCAAAGGAAAAUAAAGAAAAGGCUAAACACUUGUUGGAGUCUGUGACUACAGAAGCAACAGCACUUAAAUCAACUCUUGAAGAAGUCAUGAAAAGAGAGAAACAGCUGGCAGAUUUCCGAAGAGUCAUCUCUCGCAUGCUGGGUCUCAAUAUUGACACUGUGGCUCUUCCCGACUAUGAAAUAGUAACUCGUCUUGAGGGGUUGAUCCAUUCUCAUCAGCAUCUUUGCUCUCCUUGUGCCUGCUUCAAGUGUCAGUGAAAGAAGAUAGACUCUUACAGCUUCUCCACUGGAUGCCUCCUUUCUUCCUACAAAUAAUAGUUAAAACAGCAGAAGUCCAGGUGGAUGUUCCAAAAGUUGACAUUUCGUUGGAGUUAAACUAUUGCCUACUCCGAGGAAAAAGAACAUUAUGAAAUACCAAUGAAGUACCUUAAUAAACAAUAUAAUUGGGUGAACAGCUUAAGGUCUCAGCAUCAAAACUGAAACAAAAUUCUCAUAAUCAUCAAAAAGUGGAAUCUCUCAGAUGCCUGAUAUUGAGCAGUGACUCCCUCUAUUCUAUAAGCUAUCCUGAGAGUGGAAGGGCAGAAGGAGGAAAAUCUUCUGUGAACAGAUAUUUCCAGAUGCAACAGAUCCUCUUAGAAUACAAGCGUAUGUGUCAAUGCGCUUUCUUUGUAAAACAAGAGAUAAGAUUAUUUCACAAGUAAUUGUCAAGUAAAUGACAAGUCACAGAACAGAUGUUCCUCUGUCUUCAGUUUUCCCAUGUAUAUAUAUAAUGUGCCUGUUUUGAGUCUGUGACAUGUAUAGGAAGUUCCCAAGAAUAUCAGUCCAUUUUUAAUAUGUUUACAAUAGUGAUUUAAAUAUUACAAGAGUCCUUUAAAAUUGCAUCCAAUUUUAACAUGUCAAAGAAUUACGAAAAUUUGAAGAAGAGUAUUAAGUUAGAACUUACAGUACUUGGAAGAAAUAUCACAUUGGCACAAUUAAACAGAUAAGAUUAGCACUUGGACAGCUAAA